UUAUAGCUAUCUUAAUGAAGAGGCUUUCCCUCUUAUUCACCUCUCUCUCCCUCUCUCUCUCUCUCUCUCUCUCUCUCUCUCUCUCUCUCUCUCUCUAUAUAUAUAUAUAUAUAUAUAUCUGUCUGUCACACUCUCUUUCCCUUUGUAUUAUCCUUCUCUGUUGAGUACUGGAAUACACUAAAAGCACAAAUGGUGUGGACAAAGACUAAUAGUAGUCUAGCGUUGUCUCUGGUCACGGUUUUCCUUGGCGUCUCUCUAGCUGAUCUAAAAGUCGGCUUUUACUCCAGUACAUGCCCUCAAGCCGAGUCAAUCGUUAGAAGAGUCGUCUUUGGAGCUGCUCUUUCCGACCCUAACCUUCCGGCUAUACUUCUGCGGCUCCAUUUCCAUGACUGCUUUGUCGAGGGAUGUGACGGGUCGAUCCUCGUGGACAACGGAGCAAUCUCUGAAAAGAAUGCAUUCGGGCAUGAAGGCGUCAGAGGAUUUGAGAUAGUAGAAACCGCCAAAGCCGAGCUUGAAGCUGCAUGCCCAGGUGUUGUCUCGUGCUCAGACAUUGUUGCCUUGGCUGCACGUGAUGCAAUAUCUUUGGCGAAUGGACCGGCGUAUGAGGUUCCAACUGGGCGGAGAGACGGUCGGGUUUCGAACAUGUCGCUGGCUAAGGACAUGCCGGAUGUGAGUGACUCGAUUGAGAUACUUAAGGCUAAGUUCAUGCAGAAAGGUCUCAACGCCAAAGAACUCGUCCUUCUCAGUGCUGCUCACACUAUCGGGACAACGGCCUGCUUUUUUAUGACUAAACGCCUCUACGAGUUCUUACCUGGUGGCCAGCCCGACCCGACCAUCAAUCCGGUAUUCUUACCCGAACUAACCACUCGGUGCCCACAAAACGGUGACAUAAACACCCGGGUUCCAAUGGACCGGUUCAGUGAACGGAUAUUCGACAAGCAGAUUCUGCAGAAUAUAAAGGAUGGUUUUGCCGUGCUUCAGACUGACGCGGGACUCUACGAGGAUGCAAUGACCCGCCGGGUAGUGGAUUCCUAUAUUGGGUUGCUAAAUCCACUACUUGGCCCAUCGUUCGAAUCCGAUUUCGUAAAGGCAAUAGUGAAGAUGGGGAAGAUUCAUGUGAAAACUGGUUCUAAAGGAGAGGUUCGACGGGUUUGCUCGGCUUUCAAUUGAGAGUAUGCAGUAAAAAUUUGAAGGGGUUAAUUUCUUAUACUCAGAAAACUGUAAUUGUAUUAUAUUGUAUGUCUUCCAUGCUAAAAACAAAACAAUCCAAACACGCUAGUCCCUUUUCUAUGUGUUGGAAAGGGAUACAAUUGUAGGAAACAAUACGUUUUAAUCUUCGACUCAAAAAUAUGUGUAGAAGAUUGUAUUAGUUAGUUAAUGCAUGAAUAAAAUUA